GACUUGUCCGAUGCAGCUCGCGGAUUAUUUCGCAAGUGCGCCUGCGAAUGACAUCGAGACCGCCUUUAUGCCCGGGAAAACGCACGUCCGCUGGAAUGAUUUCGAUAAGCGGGAAGGGACCAACAGGAUGAACAAGAAGCCCUCGAACGUGGACGAGCACGACGUGAAAUCCGAGGGGCCGGGUAACAGGUCGGUAAACAGCGAUCUAUAUCAAGCGGUGUUCCCGAUCUAUCAUCUCAGCAAACUGUCCGGUGUAUUUCCGAUGAGAUUCGUCCGACAGCCAUCAAGCGGCAGAUAUCAAGGGCGACUGAGCACCAUCGACAGCAUUUACAGCAUAAGCCUGCUGUCGUUGUUGAUCGGAGCCGAGAUCUGGGGCUUUUGGCGCGACUUGAGGGAUGGAUGGGAGUUCAGCACCCGGCUGAAGUCGCAAAACGCGGUGAUCGUCACCUGCAGCGACGUGCUGGGUGUGAUGGGUCUCACGGCGGCCUCCGUCGUCAGUUCGAUCCUGCAAUGGAAGUACGUGCAAGUCAUUAUCGAUAAACUGAUCGAUUGCGACGAGAGGAUGGGCAUCGUCUCGCCGAGGAAGACCCGGCGGUACACGAUCCUGCUGACGCUGAGCAGCCUCUCGUACUCCAUCCUCAUCUCCUGCCUCGACAUCUACACGUGGAGCCAGGUGAAGCUGGACAAGAAGAUGGACGACAAGGGUCCGAUCAACUACCUCCCCUUGUACUGCAUGUACAUAGUCAUUGUCAUGAUGGAGGUGCAAUACGCAGUCGCCACGCACAACGUGGGCCAGAGGUUCUCCAGACUCAACAAGAGCCUCGAAAACAUCCUCAAGAACAGCAUGAUCACAAACCAAUUCCGGAAGGAUCUCGGAUUAGCCGGUGACUUUCGGGAUCAAGGACAACUCGCUGCGUACCUCCGGCAGGAUCUGGCAAACGCUCGAAUGUUUCGGAAAUCGAAGAUCAUCGACUUCUCCGUGGCGAACGAUGGCAAAGGUCCCACAGACAUAUCCCAAUUGGUGACGGUGCACGCGUCCUUGUGUGACAUAGUGACGUACAUAAACGCCGCUUACGGCGUGGUCAUACUCGUGGUUACGAUCACCUGCCUGAUACACCUGAUCAUCACACCGUACUUUCUGAUCAUGGAGGCCGACGGCAAGCGGCAGCCGCUGUUCCUCGUGGUGCAGGCGAUGUGGUGCAUCUUUCACAUCUGGAGGCUGCUGAUCUUCGUGCAACCCACGUAUGCCGCUACGAUGGAGGGAAAGAAGACGGCGAUUUUGGUGAGUCAACUGCUGUCCACGAGUCACGAUAAAGAGAGCAGGACGCAGUUGGAAAUCUUUUCGCUUCAACUUCUACACCGCCCCUUAGAGUUCUCAGCGUGUGGGCUUUUCACUCUGGAUCGAGGCCUCGUGACCUCGAUUGCCGGCGCCGUCACGACAUAUCUCGUGAUACUGAUACAAUUUCAAAAGGACGACGACUCGAAGGGCAAUUUCGAUAACAUUCUGAAGAACGCUACGCUGAUACUGAGGAACGCGUCGACGUUUCACAACAGCACUGCGGGAAAAUUAAAUGUCAAUUAGAACAACACGCCGUGACUCUCUUUGUCGUUUCCGUUUCGGCUCUCGCGACUCUGCAAUAAAACUUUUUAAGAGUUCGUGCA